CUCGUGCUCUCCGAGCAGCGAAUGAAAAACAACACGGACGACCAGCGGGACGUUCAAAAUCCCAAACCAAACACAAGCGCCAGCCUCGUCAUGUCGGCCACUUCCGCGGUGGCCAUGGAGAUUAAAAGGAAGAAAAUACGACAGAGUGAAUUAUUCCAGCAAACAGAGAGCACCAGCAUUCAAGAGAAGCUGGACUUUGAGGUGCGAAUGCGAGAAGGCGCCUACAAGCUGCUGCUGGCCUGCAGUAAGAGAGAACAGAUCCUCAACGCCUCCAAGAACCUGCUGACCUGCAACGCCAGGAUCAAGGCAUACACCGGUCACAUGGAGAAGAUGCACGAGGAGCACGUUGUGACAGGAGUCAGCAGGCAUUCGGAGGAGCGUGUGCCAUGUAGAGGAACGAUUGCGCUGUCUGGACUUCGUAUUCCAUUGAUGUGGAAGGAUCAGGAUCACUUUAACAACCGAGGAAGCUCGCGGCGGGUGGCCAUCUUCUGCGUGAUGCAGAUGGACUGCCAGGUGUUUGACACCAAGAUGGCGGUGGUGGACCGAUCCAUCACGGACGUCUGCUUCGACGAAGUGACCAUCUUUACAGAUGCAGUUCCCGGGUUUAAGCUGCGGGUGGCGCUGUGGAGCUGCGCCGUGGAGGAGGAGCUCACCUUGGUCAAGACGCCAAAGAAGCUGGCCAAGAAGCUCCGGAAUUCCUUCGGGAAGACGGCCGGGAAGAAGCUCUGCCCUCUGCUGGAUACUCCCGAUCCUGACACGUUCCUGCAGUAUAACCCGGUGCCCGCAGGAGCCAAGUACAACCUCCUGGCCUACUCCACCAUGAGACUCCCCGAGGCUGAAGGCAGCUUUCAAUCCCACUCACUGGUCGUGCUCCAACAUUCUGAUUGGUCGUCGUGGCUUCCGCUUUACGGCAACCUGUGUUGCCGCUUGGUGGCCCGGCCUGCGUGUAUGACGCAAAGCGGGAUGGCCGGUAACCUCAACCGGAAGCAAAGUGUGGAAGGCCCGGAGCGCCGCUGCAGCCUCUACUGCAUCCUGAGCGCCGCCACCUUGUCGUGCUACUUCAGCCCGGAGGAGAUUGAUGCCAAAGUGCGGCCGGCGCUCCGCCUGCCAGUCAGCAAGGACACCCGCAUCCAAGUGAUUGAAAAGGAGUCGGGAGGAAGGAAGUCCAAGAGUCUGUCCAUCAUCAACCCUUCGCCAGAGGGAACCCAGACCGAGGUCUUUACAGCAGACACCAGGGAGGAGCUGGACCAGUGGCAGGAAGCGCUGCAGCAGCACCUCUAUGAUCAGAGUCAGUGGCUGCACUGCUGCGAGCAGCUCAUGGAAAUCGAGGCGGCGUCGCCACGGAAACCAUCGCUCUUCCUCACUAAGCAAGCAGACUCUGUUUACAACGAGCUCAGUAUCAAUUCUCCGGGCAAGUUCGAAAGCAUCACCGACAUCAUCCACAGCAAGAUCGAGGAGACCGACGGCUGCUUCCUGAUUGGCCACGAGGAGGCGAGGGUGCUUCCUAAUUGGUCGACUCUGUUUGAUGGUUCCCAAUCGUUUGUACUGCAGAAGACGCCGACGACUACUAAUGUUCUGUCCCAGAGUCAAAUCUGCACCCCGUGUCCGAGCCCCAGGCCCUGCUCCAGCUCCACGCCCAACAGCGGCAAGAAACGGCGUGCCCCGCUUCCUCCCACGAGCCCCUACGCUGCUCCUCCUCCUCCUCCUCGCCCUGGCAGGCCUCCUCGUCCUCCGCCUCUCUCUCAUUCGGAGAAGGAAAACACUUCGCGGCCGAAAUCCAAAACGGGAAGACCGUCCCUGGACGCCAAAUUCUCCGCCAUCAUCCAGCAGCUGCAGCACAACAACAAAUACGGAGGGGGCGGAGCUCCGGCGCUGGGCCGCAAGAACGCCCCGCUCGCUCAGGUCGAAGUCGGCGAAGUUGCCGCACCGAGGAGCAAUCUGAGGAAAUCGUUCAGAGAGAGGAUGAACUUCAAAGCCAACAUGUAACACUGAAUUGUAAUUAAUACAGAUUACUCUGUCGAUCGGGCCCCCAGGAGGACAUUUUGUGGUCGUUUGACAUUUUCUACUGUGAAUUCGAUAACGGCUAGGACACACUUCACAUUCGACGUGAAACUAGUUAGCUUAGCGUAGCAUGAAGAUGCCACCACUCGAAGUAGUCUUGGGCAAAACGUUUGUGCUCAAGCCAGGACCACAUUUCAUUUUUAAAAAAAGAGAAAAAUAGAAUUGUUUUUUUUAAAAUUAAGAACACAUGCUGUUAUCUGCCUACCUUGUAAAUGUAUACAUCAAAAUAUGUCAAUUGUGGCAGUGCAUGAAAAAAAAAAAAAGGUUCCACCAAACCAACCUCUAUUAAACUUCAACAUUUUGCGAUAUCCAGUGUCUGCAAUAUUUCUGCAGUAUGUAUUCAUUUUAACAGAAGUGUAUUCUUCACAGUGCAAAGGUGGCCCAGCAAAUAAUCUGAAGCAGUCUUACUUUGCUCCUGAAACUUUCUUCUUUGAGCCUUCACUAGUGCAUCAAUGUCAGGUGUCAUAUCCUGCAUAGCAGACAAUUCCAGAAAGUCAUUUAAGUGGCAAGUGGCCUCCAGUGGACAAAAUUCGUAACAAUAGUUUUAUAUUGGAAAAAUAGCAAUGUUUUCUCUGUCCCUGUGGGCCGGAUUGGACCCCCUGAUGGGCCAGUUCUUGCCCGUGAGCUGUACGGUUGACACCUCUGUAGUCCUUGAAAGUAGCUCUGGAUCUUCAGACAGCCUAGCUGAUCAUGUUGCGGACGAGAAAUCGCAGUGUGAGGGUGGUCGUCAUUUGAAUUAACCCCGCUGUUGCAUCACAGUUGGGUGGAAGCACACCAGAGACCAACGAUUUGUCUCGCAUUCCAACCACUAUCACAUUUUUAAAAAAUAUAUUAAAAAAAAUAAAAUAAAUGCUGUUUACAGUAUGCUUACUGUAAUGCUCUUGCACGUGGGAAAGGAGAGCAACAGUUGUAGAGGCAGUUUUCAGCUGAUUGUUAAACGCCGGCAGAACAGUAAAACAUGGUGUCCAAGGUGUACCCCACCCUGAAUGAUGUGCUAUCGGUGCGCGCAGUCAGAGAAAUUUGGCGAGUACCGACGGUGUACCUCUGAAGAGUAUCGGUGCUCGUUUCUGGUUCACCCCCAAUGUUGUGUUCAGACUGAAUGUUUGUUUUUGUUGUUAUUGUUUUAACAUUGUUAAAUGUUGCCCGUACAGUUUCAUAUGCAAAUUAAUUUACCCAGCAGAUGCAACAUUUAGCAAUUGAUGACAUACUAUACCUAGUUGGGAUUAACGUUUUUGACACUUACAUGAUGCUUCAGCGUUUCAAAACAUUGCCUGUACAGUUUCAUACAUGAAUGAAUUCACCCAGCAGCUGCAAAGUUGAGCAUACAAUUACUUAAACAGCACGUAGUGGUUUUAUUGUAUUUUAGCUGUAUUGUAGAAUCGUCUGACCCAUUUUUACACAUUUAUGAUAUAGUAAUGAAUGUUAAAAAUGUGACUUAAAACAUUGGCUGUACAGUUAAUAAAGGUUUUAUGAUGGCCACAGUUUGACCCUGCCAUAUUUCCAUGAUGUCAACCAAGAAGGUUUGGAAAUCAGCGUUUUGG